GUUAGAGCAAUUUCUAAACAUUUUAGUUUUGUACGUGAGUAAAUUACUUCAUGUAGCAUCUUAUUUGUUGUUGUUUUGGGUUACGUAUCGAAAAGGGAUGUCUUGGCUAAUCACAUAUUGGGUAACGUUGGUUAGAUAGUUAUCAGACAUGCGCUUGAGUCGUUUUAAGUCUCGGAAAAAAGGGAAAUCUAGGAUGGUUUAGUAACAACAAACAUUAGCCAACCGGUUAAGUAACGUUUGUCUGUCUGUCAGACAACCUUCGUGUCUUGCUUUGAUGUGUCACUCGAAAUGAAGUGAACAGUAUCUUAAAUAAGUGUAGUCGAACUGAAGGGUACAUGUUGAUAGUAGCCUGACUAAUUUAGCUAGAAAGUGGUAACACAAAGCUACGUUAAUGUGAAGUGGACAACGCUCUACUUGCGGGACCACCAUGUCGCAGAAAACUCUUCUCGAGGAGGUUGAGCAGUGGAACCCUGACAUGUGCAAAAAUGAGUUGAGGACGGUCCUGCCCAAACUCGUUUCGAUUCACUGUCGCACCGAAAGUUGGACAGAACACACACGUAUCCUGAGGAUAAUCAUGGACAUGUUCCUUCCACAUCUACGCCUGUCUGAAUUGGAAGAGGAAUGCUUCUCCAAAGUUCUACCAAAGGUGGUAAAAGUGUUUGAUAAUUUGAUGGAGGAAAUCUCUGGUCAAGUUAGUGGGCUGUCCAGUCAGAACCCUGAACUGACUGCAACUCUCAGGAACUCACUUCAGGUGAUGAUCGAAACCCUUGAAGCUGUGGCUGUGUGUGUGAGGCACGUGUGUAACCUGGAAGGUGCCUGCCGCCUGUCUGAAGUGCGCUCUGUUCCCUCAUGUGUCCUCUACCUUCUCAAAAACACUUUCCAGCACUGCAAGGAGAGUGAGGGGGUGUACAAUGGCCGGCUGUCUCUGGUGGGGGACCUUCUGCAGGCUCUGUUUAAAGAGGCCUACACGCUGCAGAAAGGCCUGAUCGAGCUCCUGGACCGCGUCAGCUUGGACGACGACGCUUCCAAGGAGGAGGUGUCAGACAUUGUCACAGUGAUUCACAAUCUCCUGGACAUCUGCUCAAUCAUCUCCAGUCUGGAUAUGGCCCUUCACGCCAAUACCUGGAAAUUCGCUAUCAAGCAGUGUGUGAAACACCAGUCUCUGGUAGAGGAGCACCUACGACACGAUGACAUCAUAUCCUGUUUGUGUGACGACCUCCUCGGCUCUCUGAGCAGCUGUUUGGAACUAGCAGAGCAAAUCACACAACAAGGAUUGCAGCCACACAGCCCCGAGGUCAAGCUCUUCCAGAAGAGCACCAAGAUGUGCCGGUUCUUUGCCAACACGCUCGUGCACUACGUUAAGGAGUUCAAAGACUUUCUCUUCUCAUGCUCCCCCCGGUUUCACCUGCUCCUCCUGCAGAUCCACAGUAAGUUCCCUCCCUGCCUUGGCGCUCCCUCCCUUACGCCAGCGCUGACUGAGGAGUUGAGAGGGGCGGUGCUUGUUGCCAUGGACGCGCUCCUGGCGCAACUCCUCAACUUCAGGCCGUUUGUUGAGACCAUCUUGGCUGAAAAGCAGUCCUUUAGUGGGGACACUGCUCUGGCCCACUGCUUGCUGCUGGUCAGCGUGCUGGCGCAGCUCCCCUCCCAGCCACAGGGGACGCUGCAGCUGUGGUGCGAUGGCAAACGCUACUCAGAAGAGACACCCAGGUUGAGUGUGUUUGAGGCGGUGUUCCAGAGUUUCGGACGGUGCGUGCUGGAGCGUGUGUGGCCGGUGCGGUUGCCCGGGGUGAUGCUGCAUGGUCAGGCCCAGAGCAGCGUGAGCCUGCACCAGCACGUCUGUGUGCACCUCUGUGGCUGUGUGGCCGCACUACCAGCCCCACAGCUCCCCCCGCUGGAGCGCUCCCUGCUGUGUGCUCUGCUGCAGUCGGAUGUGCAGACGGCUCUGUUGGCCACCGAUGUCUGGUGCUUCUUGGCCCGGUACGGAACAGCGGAGCUGUGUCUGCAUCAUGUUCUUCUGGUGGUCGAACUGAUAAAGUCGUGUCCAGGUGAAACUCCCCAGUGGAACCACCUGUCCCUGCUGCUGAGACGUAUGCUGUUCCUGAUGACCCCCACACACCAGAUGGAGUUGUUGGAGCGGUUCCCUGGGUCCAUGGAAGAGAACGCGUGCCUGUGGGGCCACGUGCUGCUGCGCUCUCUUGCCCCGGAGGUGCGCUCUCGCCUGGAGCAGGAGCUGACCGCCAUGGCCGCCUCCGUCACCCAGGACUGGCAGCAAGGAGGCUGCAAGCUGGGCACCGUAGACAGACUGAAUAAGGUGCUGUGGGCUCUAAGGGUGGUGGUGAGAGUGGAGGUACCUGAGGCUGCGUGCACGUCAUCAGUUCUCAGCAUCCUCGCACAGCUCUGGCCCCGCAUGUGUGCCGAACAGGUCGAGCGUUACAGGCCUCUCCGCCAGACCCUGUGUCUGCUCCUCUCCCUCUCUGCCGGCCUCGCCAAGAGCCUGGAG